AUAAAACCGUCGGACCGCCAUUUCGCCAACUCACUCUUCCCUUCCUCCGCCAUGCCGCCGUCGCGCGCACAGUCGCAGCGUCUCCUUUCAACACUUUCCUUACUCUUCUUUGCGCUCGUCGCAGUUCUGUGCCUCGCCCCCGUCGCACGGGCUAGCGACGCGCAUCCGGAGUACGGACAUGUCAUCGGUAUUGAUUUGGGAACAACAUACUCUUGCGUUGGUGUAACGCAAGGAGGACGUGUCGAGAUCAUUGCCAAUGACCAGGGUCACCGUAUAACGCCGUCAUGGGUUUCUUUCACUGAGGAUGAGCGUCUUAUCGGUGAUGCCGCGAAGAACGCAUUCCACACCAACGCGCAGAACACGGUCUUCGACGCGAAGCGUCUCAUUGGCCGCAAGUUCGACGACCCGGAAGUUCAGAAGGACAUGAAGCACUGGCCGUUCAAGGUCGUCGAGAAGGCCGGCAAGCCCGUCAUCCAGGUUCACUACAAGGGCGACCUCAAGACCUUCACCCCUGAGGAGAUUUCCGCCAUGGUUUUGACGAAGAUGAAGGAGACCGCUGAGGCGUACCUCGGCGAGAAGGUCACCCACGCUGUUGUCACCGUCCCGGCCUACUUCAACGACGCUCAGCGCCAGGCUACCAAGGACGCUGGUACCAUCGCCGGUCUUGAGGUCCUCCGUAUCAUCAACGAGCCCACGGCCGCCGCUAUUGCGUACGGUCUCAACAAGAAGGGCGGCGAGUCGCAGAUCAUCGUCUACGAUCUCGGUGGUGGUACCUUCGAUGUCUCCCUCCUCUCCAUCGACGACGGCGUCUUUGAGGUCUUGGCUACCGCUGGUGACACCCAUCUUGGUGGCGAGGACUUCGACAACCGCGUUAUCGAGUACAUGCUCAAGCAGUACAAGAAGAAGACCGGCACCGAUGUCUCGAAGAACCUCCGCGCUCUGGGCAAGCUCAAGCGCGAGGUCGAGAAGGCCAAGCGUACCUUGUCUUCGCAGCAGAGCACCCGCAUCGAGAUCGAGUCCUUCGAGGACGGUAACGACUUCUCGGAGACUCUCACCCGCGCCAAGUUCGAGGAGAUCAACAUCGACCUCUUCCGCAAGACGAUGAAGCCCGUCGAGCAGGUUCUCAAGGAUGCUGGUGUCAAGAAGGAUGACGUUGACGAGGUUGUCCUCGUCGGUGGUUCCACCCGUAUCCCCAAGGUCCAGCAGCUCCUCAAGGAGUUCUUCGGUGGCAAGGAGCCCUCCAAGGGUAUCAACCCUGACGAGGCUGUCGCCUACGGUGCCGCCGUCCAGGCUGGUGUCCUUUCCGGCGCUGAGGGCUCUGGCGAGGUCGUCCUUGUCGACGUCUGCCCGCUUACCCUCGGUAUCGAGACCACUGGCGGUGUGAUGACCAAGCUCAUCCCUCGUAACACCAUCAUUCCCACCAAGAAGUCCCAGAUCUUCUCGACCGCCGCCGACAACCAGCCCACUGUUCUGAUCCAGGUGUAUGAGGGCGAGCGGUCGUUGACGAAGGACAAUAACCUCCUCGGCAAGUUCGAGCUCACCGGUAUCCCGCCCGCGCCUCGCGGUGUCCCUCAGAUUGAGGUCACCUUCGAGAUCGACGCCAACGGUAUCAUGAGGGUUGCCGCCGCCGACAAGGGCACCGGCAAGUCCGAGUCCAUCACUAUCAAGAACGAGAAGGGCCGCCUGUCGCAAGAGGACAUUGACCGCAUGGUCCAGGAGGCUGAGGAGUUCGCCGCCGAGGACGAGGCUCAGCGCAAGCGUAUCGAGGCCCUCAACUCCUUGUCCGCCUACGUGUUCGGCCUCAAGGGCCAGCUCGGCGACCAGGAGGGUCUCGGUGGCAAGCUCUCCGACGACGACAAGAAGUCGAUCCUCGCCACCCUCAAGGAGGCGACCGACUGGAUCGACGAGAAUGGCUCGGAGGCUUCCACCGACGACAUCGAGGAGAAGCUCGCCGAGAUCCAGACCGCGAUCAACCCGAUCACGUCGAAGAUCUACGCCGACUCUUCCGCCGGUGGUCAGGACUGGGACGCGCAGGAGCCGUUCGCCGACCACGACGAGCUAUGAGCGCGAUGUUGACGAUUGUACUGAUGCUCACGAGCAGAGCGCUCGGAGCGGGAGGGCUAGUUGGGGUCCUAGGUUGGGUCAAAACAUGCCGUUGCACGCAUCGUAUUAUAUUAUUAAUGACAGUCUCUGCAACCGGAUUGGCAUCGCAUCUUGCAGGCAUUGUUUACUGUAUACAAUAGACUGGAUAAAGACCAAAAACAAUGGAACAGAUGUGUGAUGAGGGACACCCUUUGAAGUGUGGGUCCAC